UGCGGUUAGAGUUCGCAGAUAAGAUGCAGAGAGACCCCGGAGGAGAUAGAGAAGUAUUUGAAAGUCAAUUGUGGCUGAGAUCUCAAGCUUGAAUUUAGAGCAGGUAAGUCUGAAUAGAUCCAGAGGCUAGAAUAAACAACAGAUAAAAUUUAAAGCUCCUAAAAUUCAGACGAAUAAUAAAAAGAAGAGCUCGGAAAAUCGCCGGUAAGAUAGAGAUCUGGAAGGCAAGUGAAACAGACGAGGAAUUUGUCCAAAGAAUUCAGUCGAUUGAGGAGCAACGAUGAGGCCGGUUCUUUUCUGUGAUUGCAUCAGUCCGCCAGUUAGAAGCAUCUUUCUGCUCAUCCGUGAGCUAAAUCUGGAUGUGGAGAGACGAACUGUCAACCUUUUGAAGGGAGAAAAUCGCCAUGAGGACUACCUCAAGGUGAAUCCUCUUCACACUGUCCCAGUGCUGAAGGAUCAGGAUAUCGUAUUGACGGACAGCCAUGUAAUUCUCAUGUACUUGUGCGAGAAGUAUGGGAAAUCAACGAAUUUGUUCCCAAAGGAAGAUGCUCUGAGGUAUACAGUCCUCAAUCGCCUUUUCUUCAACGCAACCCUCUUCUUCCGCAGGGACAGUGAAAUGAUGGGUGAAAUAAUCCGAGAGAGAAGAAUGGAUGUGGUCAGUAAACACAGAAAGAAUGUCCAGGAAUGCUUCAAUUAUUUGGAAACUUUUCUCAAGGAAGUGGAUUUUAUGGCGGGCAAUCACAUAACCAUUGCGGAUUUUGCCAUCCUCCCAACCCUAAGCACUGUGGCUAGUGUUGUUCCCCUGGAAGAGGAAAAGUGGCCAAGGACCUUCAACUGGUUCAACCGCAUGAAGACGACCCUUCCUUACUACAACGAAGAGAACCAAGCGGGAUUGGAUCAACUCAUCCAGAGCAUCCGAAUGAUUGUAGGACAAGGAAAGUAAAGAAAAAAUUUUUGGCUUUUUUCUGGUCUUUUAUUGGAUGAUGAAUGAUGAAAAGUUGAUGAUGAAUGAACAUGAAUAAAUGAUUCUUCCUGGCCACAA